CACACACACAAACAUACUCUCUCUCUUAUUCAAUUUUUAUCACACACACACGCACGCGCACACAGGGGUCUUGGCAGCAGAAGAUCCUAACAGUCCUGGACCAGUCUGGACGUACGCCUGCCAGCGCAGACUGAGUAGCGCUUAAAGAAGAAGUGAAGAAGAAGAAAAAAAGAGGAUAAGAGGAGCUUGUCGUUUUGUGUUUGUUGAAUCCCCCGGAUCGAGCCCCCAGCUGACGAUGGAGAACACAUGAGGAAGAGAGAGAGAUCUGCGGGGGCACUCAGGGGAAAAAAUGCUGCUGAGUAAAGUUUGUGGAUAUUUCUAGAGGGAAUUAUUAGCCCUUGAACUUUGGGGAAGAGCCGCAGAGGACGGACGGCUGUGUGCAGAUUGCAAAGAGAAAACGAGCCUGCAGGUGGGAGGUUGGACAGUAGGGCUCUACCGGCAGUAUGGCGGACACCAACCGUUCCUCCUGCCACCUUCUCCUCUUCUUCCUCUUCUCCUUCAUCAUAACUCAUCCUGCCCUCACCCAGGACCCAUCCGUCACCACGGUGACGGUAACCGAAGGCGACUUGUUAAUCGUCCCCACCACGGUGGCCAACCAGACGACUCCGAGCUACGUGGAGACCACUCAGAACUCUCCUCUGGAGACAGGGGGGUCCACUCCCAGCAGCGGCGGGGAUGCGGACGAUGAGGACGUCCUUCCCAACGGCGGGACCCGUUGCCAGGGUUACUAUGACGUGAUGGGCCAAUGGGACCCGCCGUUCAACUGCAACGCCGGCGUCUUUCUGUUCUGCUGCGGCACCUGCUUCUACCGCUUCUGCUGCGGGUUCCGGCAGCAGCGGCUGGACCAGAACAUCUGCUCCAACUACGACACGCCCAUCUGGGCCAACACCGGCAAGCCUGUGGCCACCAUCACCGAGGGCCAGGACGACCAGGACCGGGACCGCACGCACCUCAUCGUCUACAUCAUCUGCGGCGUGGUGGCCAUCAUGGUGCUGGUGGGCAUCUUCACCAAGCUGGGCCUGGAGAAGAGCCGCGGAGGGAGUGGAGGAGGAGCAGCGGGGGCGGGGCAAGCUGACCUCAACUCCAGGACACUGACAGACCUGCUGAAGCUGCAGGGAGGUGAGGUGAACUCGGUGGAAAACGCCGCGGACAGUUCGCCCAACGGAGAGAGAGCCAACGGCAUUUCAGCCAGGAUGAUGCGCAGUAGGAGUGAACAGCACCAUCUGAAUAACUCAGCUUACGGGCCGUUUGGACAAGGGCUUCCACACCCACACAGCAACCACAGCACGGUGGGCCUCAACAAAUACACCUCCCUCAAAGCUGUGGCGCACAGUGCGUCUCGUAGCUACUACAAGAGCUUCCCGCUCAUGGACUUCUCCCAGUACCAGCCUGUGGCACCUCCCUCCUUCCAGCCUGUGCCUGUACAGCCCAAAGAGAAAUCCUACAUCCACCAGCCUGUGUCGGCACACCACGACCUCCACGCCCCUCUCUCUAUCUCCAUCCCCUCAAGCUACCUGGAGCAAUCGCGCCUGCCCAAAACAAGCACGCACCCGCAGCUCUCCAGCUCGGCGUUCAAAGCCUGGGAGCCAACCGCCCGCCACGUCCACAGGCAGGCCUCUGCCCCGGGGCAUGCCCCCUCUACCAUGCACAGCUCUGCCCGGAGACAUGGCUACUCGACCCGGAGGCAGCAGAGCAUAGAGAACAUGCAGGACAUCUUUAGCCAGCCCUACGGAGGGAUGUAUGGAGGAGCUGGAGGGGGGGCAGGGCAGGGGCAGCACGUACAGGGGCAGCACGUACAGGGGCAGCACGUACAGGGGCAGCACGUACAGGGGCAGCACCCAUCCCAACCCUCCUACUACCACCACAACAGGCAGAAGAGCUACUCCACCCACAGUUCGACUGAGGUGACCGUCUGAGCGUCGAGGCGUCAGAGAGCGGCCCGCUGUAAUGUUUGACAUACUAACAAAGAGCUUUGGUGUUAGCUAAAUGCCAGAGUUUGGGACAGUUGGCCCAACAGGGGAGGAUUAUUAAACCGGGAGACAUUCAGAUUUACAAGAUGAAAAGGAGUGUUUUGAUAAGUGGAAACAGUGAGAUUCAGGAGAAAAGCAGCGUAGCAGAACCACCACUCUUUACACAUAAGGUAAAGAUUAUUAUUGUACUCCAGCAAGGGUCUUUUACAUUGAUCAUAUAAAGUAUAUAGACUGUGCCUGAAAGGAAAUCUACCACUCUCGGGCUCCCAAAGGUCACGCAGCCUUCACAGAUUCUCAACUGCAACAGUUUUUGUGGUUUCAUUGUGGUUGUACAGGCAUUACGGGAAUAGGCAUAGCAGACCGGAACAACUCUUCCAUGUACCAGAUCUUACAGCAGGGGAGCUUCAUUUUGUCUGUGAAGAGGUUUUACGUGUUGGCUUCCUGUCAGAUUUUUGCGGAAAUGCAGAAUGAGUUUGUGUUAGCCGGGUAAGUCCGGUUGAAUUUAGGUACAGUAGGUCAUCAGCAACAUGUGGCGGCAGAACAACAACCUGGCUCAUGGUCAGGUUUGCUGGAUUUGUUGUAAAUGUGGUGAAUAACCUUUGAGAUUCAUUUCUGUGGUUCACCUACGUGAGUCAGACCUCAGGAAACGUUCACUUAAACUCGACACUGAAAAUCGUUUACCUUUAUUGGCAACCAAUAGGAACUGCAACACACAGCAUGUAGCCUACUUCUAACCCCACCCACUACUCCCUCCCCCUGAAAGGAAUAGUUCAACAAUUUGGGAAAUAGACUUAUAGGCUCUUUUGCCUGGAUGUAUAAUCCAAGCGGAUAUAGCAUUGGAGGCGGCGCCCCGUUCAUUGAAGCUGCUCAGUUGCGCACGAAGCAAAAAAAGUUUGUCUUCAGAGAAUAAAAUUUGGAUACUAUUACCCGGAUCUUCAAGCGAUCUUCCGCAUCCAUAGGGCCAUAGCAUUGCUACUAUUCCCUUAACCCCGCCUCCCAACCCAGCGUCGUUCUCAGGCUCAUUCACAUGGACGAAGGAUGGAAAAUAACUCUGGAUUGGCUACUGUUGCAUUUUACAACGUUUAGAGCCUUACUGAUUUAAAUAAGGGCUGUUCAAGUGUUGGUACUGGGAAGUUGAUUUACCUAAAAGAAAAAGAUCUGCUGAGUUACAGACGUCUCUUUCCCAGGGGAGUCCUUGGGGAAAAGUCUAUUUCACUACGUUCAUCACGUGAUGCCAUAGGGCCCACUAUGGCAUCACGUGACGGAGCUGGACGUUGCAAAGGCACCAUUUGUCCACUAUGUAAAAGAAAUUGCUUCAAAGCCCUCACAUCUGUAAGUGGUGUCAAUCUUCUCUUCUAACUCCAUGCAUGAAAGCGAAUGAGCAUAUUUCCGAAAGUGUUGAACUGUUCGCCCCUGCAUGUAGCAACAGGCACCCGUACAUUAGUACAUACAUUUUAAUUAUCCCUAUUAUAAAAACUGGAAUAAUAAUAUUGUCACCAUUUGCUUUUAGGCACAAAGAUGAGAUUAGAAUGUUUUCCCUAAGAUGCUGUGGUUAAGAAGUUUGUGGUCUGAAGCAGAAAAAAAAUCUUCAUCUUUACCUUAUUUUAAGCAUGAAUGGAGCAUUAGGAUUUAAAGUGAAACCCCAGUUAGAGCACAGUAACUGUUGAUUUUAUAUUUCACUAAGUAUGAUGUCUAAAUUCAAAUUUGUAUUUAUUUUAGAUACGCUUGACAUUUCUCACUGCAAUCUAUACAUGACAUACCAUUUAGAUCCAGUGUAAUCAUAACUCAUCUCCAAAUAACUCAGUUCAGGUCAUUUCCAGGCCCCCAUGGAGGCCUUCUUGUGCAGUUCUAUGACAAGUUUCCUCCUGUUCUUGUAAAAAAAAAAAAGACCUCUACUAUUUUGCAUCUCUCGGUCUAUCUCCACGCACAGCUGUUUUUUCCUCGUUUCUUUCUCUCCCCUCUUGGCCUCUCCCACCCUCUCUCCACGAUGAAACGCUUUACAUUCUGUACCAUCGGGCCAAGCAUACAGGGACAGCGUCCCCGGGGUCACAUUAACAUGACGGUGAGGACAAUGCCACCAUCACGUCAGCUUCCAUCAGCCUCCAUCCCGACCAGAGAGAGGGAGAGGAGGAGAGAGAGGGACAGUGUGAGAGCCAGAGGCUGGGACUCUUUAGAAAUGAAGAGAAAGGGAGGAGAGAGAUGAGGAAAAAUAGAAAAACAAAUGAACAUGGCCGUGUGUUUUGUUUCCUCGAGGGAUGGGGAAAGGGAAGAAGUCACUGUGGAUCUGGGUCUCUCACUACCAAGCUGUCUGGGUCAUAACUCAGAGUGUGUGGACGUGUGUGGAUGCCUGUUUGCUAUUUCCAACCUCGGGCAACAUUGCAGGGGAAUUCACUGAGGCACCUCCAGGCCUGGAGCGUUAGACAUUUCUCAUCUCGUCUCCGAAGCCUGUACAGCAAAGGACAGUGUCCACAGCUGCUGCUACGAACUCGCAACAGUUAACGCAACGCAUUCACCGAACUAGUUGGUGAAAGUUUAUGGCCGCAACACCCUCAGGAAACGCACGAUGAAGUGAAGUGUUAACGAUGAUUGCACGCAUGUCCAGAAAAAAAGCUUCCAUAAGGGUCUGUUCUAAUAUUGCUGCUGUAAGAGCAGAGAGGAUUUGGUGAUGAUGAACAUUUCAUUUGGUUGAAGUGUGAAGUGCUUUUGUAGCGGAUGAAUUAAUAAGAGUCAAACAAAAAGAACAAAUGCAAAGUAAUGGACACAUCAUACAAAUAUAGUAUAAAACAUAGCACUUCUAAAUGAACAAACCCCUCUUUGCCUCUAAAGUGGAUAUAAAACAUCAUAAAGCACAGACAUCAUUGAAAUUCACUAUACUGAAUCAAUUAAUCUGGUGCCAGCUUUGACACAUGCAUACACACACACACACACACACACACUUACACAAGUGCUACCUUAGAUUCCGCAAUCCUGUACAAGUCUGAGUCCGAGUCUGCAGUCUAAACCUUCAUCAAAUCCUUUUAUAUCAUGCUGUAUAUUAAAGUACCACAUCUGAAAGCGACCAUCUUAAUAUCUUCCCAGAUGCAGGACAUGCUACCAAUUAAGUUUGGCAAACACCUUUUUUAAGGGACCAGUGUGGAGGGGUUAGGGGGAUCUAUUGGCAGAAAUGGAAUAUUUGUAAUUAUGUUUUUAUUAGUGUUUAAUCCCCUGAAAUUAAGAAUGGUUGUGUUUUCGUUACUUUAGAAUGAGCCCUUCAUAUCUACAUAGGGAGCUAGUACUCAUCACAGAGUCUGUCAUGUUUCACCGCCAAGUUUUCUACGGUAGCCCAGAACGGCCAAAUCAAACAUUGGCUCUAGAGAGGGCCUUUUGCAUUUCUAUGCUGAAGUGGCAGUUUGAAUUCUGGCCAUGUGAUGAAUAAUCCCAAUAUUAACUCUCCUUUUAGCUCCAGUUUGUUCUCUGCUCUCCUGGGGGAAAUAUCCAUCCAGCUAUUUCGCUGCUAAAUGCUCCACAAUGUUCACUAGCUGACCGCUAACUAUGUCUUUUUGUUUUUGUUGCUGGACAGGUAGUGCACAGGUAGGGUUUUUAGAGCUUUUUCUAAAAAAAAUUGAAUACAACAUUUAAACCAUGCAAUGAAAUCGGUGAGAGUGAAUCAAAACAGUAAAGUUGCAGAUUGGAAAACAAUGAGCCAAAAGAUGCUAAAAUGUUCCAUAUAAAGUUAAGGGGAACAGCAGAGUUGGGUGAUAAUUCUCUGUAGGGUUCAUCACUUCAAGUGGCCCGUUUCAGAUUACACUAAUCUUUUGAUGCAUUGUUAUUGGAAAAUUAUGGAUUAUAGCCACUUGUAAAAAUAAAACCAACAUAAAAGAGGUUCUAAUUCUUCCCAGGAGAAAUCUUUAGAGUAGCUCUAAGCUUGGAAAAGUGUCCAAAAUGGAUUUUAUAUAACACAUUAAUCCCCUUUUAAUCAGAUUAACAUUGUGUAAAGUAAAGCUAUAUUAAAGAUAUACAUUAUUUUAGUGGGCCUGGCUGCAACACAUGUAGACAUUCAACUCAUUUUAACUACACACCUGCUGCAGUUUGCCUCCUAUGGAUAAAUCCCAUUGAGAUUUUUAUUUUUUUCCCGUGGGAGGAUUGGACCCCCACCUUCCCCUCCUUUGUAGUUCCAUGAGCACAGCAAGGUAUAAACACUGUCGGCUGUGUUAAGAUUCAAUAACCAGGAAAAAACUGAUGAAGGUAAAAUCAUCUGCUAUACAGUGCAUUCCCUUUGGAAGGUUGUCGUCAAGUAUUUUGAAUUGUAUUAGGUGGCACUCAAAAACUAUAUAGUACAGAUAUCUGAAAAUACAAGUUUCGACACCAGAGUACACUUUAUAUUUGCCCUCAUGACCACCAGCCCACACACAGAGUACCACACAGUGUCUCACAGACAGAUCUUGACAGGUAAUAUUUUUCUCAUUCACUAACGUAUACAAACAUACCGUCUCCGUUUCUCAGAUUUUAACUCUCCACACAGCGUUCUACUAAGUGGAGCGCUAACAAACCACAUUAAGAGCACUGUGACUGAUGCUUUGGUCAACAAACCAAACACUUGUCUCCCUUUCACCGAGCGCAUCUCUCCUCCUGCUUUUGUUCCCCCAAGAUUGAGACAAAAGUCAUUUUCUCGUCACCAGUGCAGCAAAGGAUGCUGGGCAGGAAUCAUUUUCUCUCAAUGCCUGAUGUUGUGAGUCAAAAAUGCUGAGCUCUGCUGUUUUAAAGACAUACAAUCCGUUUUCUAUGAGCAAUAGAAGUUCAGUUCUUUGCCACGAACAAGUGCUUCCAACGUCUUUCUCGUUAUGAAAUCAUGAAUUGAGCCCAAACAAUGGUGCCCCUCUGUUGUUUUCACCCAUUUCUGAUAAAUGUUUCACAUCUUGUGUACAUUAUGAGUACAUCUUUUUGAGCACAAUGUUUUUAAGGCUUCAUGUAGUGCAAACCUCAUUGGAAAAAUCACGUGUUCUCCUUUAUUUAUGAAUAUUGUGUAAAUAUGUUUAAUGUCAUUUCCUAAAGAUAUUUUUGUUUGAAUAAGGGCUGUAUGAACUAAGUCAUUUUAAGUCUACGAGUAUGUAUUAUAGUUGCUGUCAGAAUUUCACAGAAUAUAUUAUUUCAUGUUAAUGAUUUUAGUAACAUGAAACAUGAUGAAUAGAGAAAUCUGCAUUAGCAGAGUUGUGACAGAGUAGGCCCGUUGUUCUGUAUGUCACAUUAUCGCAGUGGGUUUUUACAUUUGUGGCAAAACAAAGUGACACAGUCCUAAUCUACCUAAACGGUAGAUUAGGACAAAGCAACUACAAAGCAGACAGGUUGUCUAAAGCAGUGAUAAUGGUUCUAUUGUGCGCUCACACAAUACCAACUGAUACAUGGGACGCUGUGCCAAAAACAAGUUGUUUAAGUUUGGUUAAAACUGGUUUGUACAUGCAGAGAAGGCCGUGAUAUUUAGUGCUGUGUGCAGAUAUUGGGCUGUCUCUGUUUAAAUGUAGUGGAAUUGUUGUUUUUUCUUUGCACCAAGUGAAAGGAGGGAAUUCUUUCCACUUUGGCACCAUGAACCCCUUCAGGUUAUCGUCUUUGAGUACCUGUUUAACGAAAGGGUAUAUAAGAGAACAGAUCUGAUAAAUGUAUAAAUACAAGUAUGAUGGCCAAGUAAAUCUAAAGUGUAUUGGAGUGAUACACAGUAUGUAGCAAAAAUGUGUAUAUACUAUAUGUACCUGUACUUCUUAUUACAACAAAACAGCUAAUUUACACCCAAAAUGUUCUAUAAAUGUUCUUUCCAUGAGGAUUGUGCAGCAACUAAUGCCACUUUUGAAGAUGUGAAACAUUAAAGAUUGUAA